AUGGAUUAUAUCCUUUUACCUAACGCCAGUCAACAAUGGACUGAAAAAAGAGAAGAAGAGGCAACAACAUUAUCAUUCUAUGCUUGGGUGGAAGACAAAUUCAUUUUAAUUACUCCCCCGCCUGUUAUGGCAUUGAAACAGGGAAAGGAAGAGAUUGAAGAAAUGUGCCUGCCGACAGGAGUAAUCUUUAUGUGGAAGAACGUUAACACCCUCAGCAUUAAUAAAAUGUGCGGUAUGUUGAAGAUAUAA